CGCUAGUGGUUGCGCGCGCACUUCGAGUCACGUUUUCUAUCACAAGAAGCGUUCAGUUGCUGUUGCGUGGCCGCGUGAUUCGCAGUUUUUAAAGUUCUCGUUCGAAAAAGUUUUAGUGAUUACUCGGCAGUGUGUUUGGUUCUAAUACCAAGAAAAAAUGAUAGAAGCGUCGUGUGUCAAAACGAUAAUUCGAUAAUAAUGAUAAAACGAUAAAAAUAAUCGUGCAAUUUAUACAAAAUUAUUCGAUAACGAUCAUAAAUAGUUUAUAGUAAAAGUGACAGUUUAAAGACAUUCCAAUUAUUAUUUCAAAUUUAAUGAUGUCUGUUAAUGAAAUCUUUUAUUAUAUAACGCUGCAUUGUAAUAUUAUGAUAAUUUAUCCAUAAAAGUAAUAUUGAUACGAAGCAACUGAAGAUUUGCUACAUAUGAACAUUGUUUCGAUCGGUGAGAAUUGAACGAUUAUGGAUCGAUUAAAUCCGUUCGAUUAAUCGUAUCGUGAGUAAAGCGCGGUGAAUGAUUAUAAACUUCAGUUUUUGUGCACGCUUCAUCAGCUGAUUGUCGUGUCCUUGAGACCAUCAUACUUCGUUAAAAAUGGACGUGCAAACUGAGAUGCCCGUGAACGCGACAGCAGGCAGCACACUUCCGGACGAGGAAUUCCAUCGAAUAAUAAUGGAGAGGGAGCAAGAAUGUUUGCAGCUACAAGCAAUGAAUUCAACCCCGCCACCAGAGCCAUACUGUCAGUUGACCUUUGAUGGAUGGUCCUGCUGGCCUAAUACUCCAGCAGGAACCACUGCAUACGUCUCUUGCCCAAAUUUCAUCACUGGUUUCGACGCUUCUUUGAAAGCACAUAAAUAUUGUGAAUUAAACGGCACUUGGUUUCGACAUCCAGAAUCUGGUCAAGUCUGGAGCAAUUAUACGACUUGUGUCAAUUUAAAAGAUCUCAGUUGGCAACAAGGAAUUAAUGGACUUUAUGAGGCUGGAUAUGCAAUAUCAUUGAUAGCAUUAUUACUUUCAUUAGGUAUUCUAACAUAUUUCCGCUCCCUGAGGUGUGCAAGGAUCACUCUUCAUAUGAACCUGUUCGCCUCUUUUGCUGUAAAUAAUGCUCUAUGGCUGGUAUGGUAUAGAUGCAUCGUAGCGAAUACGGAUUUACUGUUGAACAAUGGGAUGACAUGUCGGCUGUUGCAUAUUAUUCUUCAUUACUUUCUUCUUACUAAUUAUGCAUGGAUGUUGUGUGAAGGUUUUUAUCUACAUACUCUGCUUGUCAGUGCAUUCACAAGCGAACAAAAAUUAGUAAAAUGGUUGAUGAUUCUUGGUUGGCCCGUACCUGCAAUCAUCGUCACGAUUUAUGCCUGUUUAAGAGCAACUAGCAAUGAUCUUACGGACACUGAACAAUGUUGGAUCAAUGAGGGUAAUUACAUGAACGUACUGGUUUAUCCAGUAUGCGUUUCCACCUUAUUGAAUGUACUUUUUCUCUUCAAUAUCGUUCGAGUUCUAUUAAUGAAAUUGAGAGCUGGUCCUAGCAUUGGUACACAACCUUCAAGAUCUAUGCGUCAAGCAUUUCGGGCAACAUUACUUCUUGUACCUCUUUUGGGUUUACAUUAUCUUGUUAUACCCUUCAGGCCACCGAAAAAUCAUCCUUGGGAGCAUUUCUAUGAGGUUCUUUCCGCUAUAACAGCUUCUUUCCAGGGUCUCUGUGUGGCCGUUUUAUUUUGUUUCUGUAACGGUGAGGUGAUAGCGCAAUUUAAGAGAAAAUGGGAGGGCUCAGCCUUCUUGCGGAAUCGAGCCAAUUCUUGUACAGCCACCACCGUCUCGUUUAUCCGAUCGACUGCAGGUCCGAUGUCGGGAGAGGAAACGGUGUGACUAUCAAUUGUCCACGCAGGAAAUGCUGGAC